GGAUUGGUCUAGGAGAGUAGUGCGAGGCGGGCCUUAGGGAGUAGGUAGGGCGGGGACCCGGAUGUGUGUGGUGGCGGCGGCCGAAGAGCUGGAGUGCGAGCUGAGAGGCCUAUGGAUGAGGAGGACGCGGCGGCCCCGGUUUGUUCUCAUGAACAAGAUGGAUGACCUCAAUCUGCACUACCGGUUUCUGAAUUGGCGUCGGCGGAUCCGGGAGAUUCGGGAGGUCCGGGCAUUCCGGUAUCAGGAGAGGUUCAAGCACAUUCUUGUAGAUGGAGACACUUUGAGUUACCAUGGAAACUCCGGUGAAGUUGGCUGCUAUGUGGCUUCUCGACCCUUGACCAAGGACAGCAAUUAUUUUGAGGUGUCGAUUGUGGACAGUGGUGUCCGAGGCACCAUCGCGGUGGGGCUGGUCCCUCAGUACUACAGUUUGGAUCACCAGCCUGGCUGGCUGCCUGACUCUGUAGCCUACCAUGCUGAUGACGGCAAGCUGUACAAUGGCCGAGCCAAGGGCCGCCAGUUUGGGUCAAAGUGCAACUCCGGGGACCGGAUUGGCUGCGGUAUUGAGCCUGUGUCCUUUGAUGUACAGACUGCUCAGAUCUUCUUCACCAAAAACGGGAAGCGGGUGGGCUCCACUAUCAUGCCCAUGUCCCCAGACGGGCUGUUCCCAGCGGUGGGCAUGCACUCCCUGGGUGAGGAGGUACGGCUGCACCUCAACGCGGAGCUGGGCCGUGAGGACGACAGUGUCAUGAUGGUGGACAGCUAUGAGGACGAAUGGGGCCGGCUGCAUGAUGUCAGGGUCUGUGGAACUCUGCUGGAGUACUUGGGCAAGGGCAAGAGCAUCGUGGAUGUAGGGCUGGCCCAGGCCCGGCACCCACUGAGCACCCGGAGCCACUACUUCGAGGUGGAGAUCGUAGACCCCGGAGAGAAAUGCUACAUCGCCCUGGGGCUGGCCCGGAAGGAUUAUCCCAAGAACAGGCACCCUGGCUGGAGCAGAGGGUCUGUGGCUUAUCAUGCAGACGAUGGGAAGAUCUUCCAUGGCAGUGGUGUGGGGGACCCCUUUGGGCCACGCUGUUACAAAGGGGACAUUAUGGGCUGUGGGAUCAUGUUCCCGCGGGACUACAUUCUGGACAGUGAGGGUGACAGUGAUGACAGUUGUGACACGGUGAUCCUGUCCCCGACUGCCCGAGCUGUCCGGAAUGUUCGGAACGUUAUGUACCUGCACCAGGAAGGGGAAGAGGAAGAGGAGGAAGAGGAAGAGGAAGAAGAUGGGGAAGAGAUAGAGCAGGAGCAUGAGGGCAAGAAGGUGGUGGUGUUCUUUACUCGGAAUGGCAAGAUCAUCGGGAAGAAGGAUGCUGUUGUACCCUCUGGGGGCUUCUUCCCCACCAUCGGAAUGCUGAGCUGUGGCGAGAAAGUCAAAGUGGACCUGCACCCCUUGAGUGGCUAGGGACUUUUCUCACACGCCGGCCCCUUCUCUCUCUCCUGUCCCUUCACAGGACCAGGUGCCCAGUUCCUGACUUCCCUGAGGAUUUCUUUACCUGAGGCCCCAAGGGUGUAUCGUCACUCUGCCCCUACCAGGUUAGGCCCCUGCCAAGCCAUUCUGCGCCCAUAUUUCUGACCCCGUGCCACCCCUAUCAUCAGUCCCUGGGCCCUAGUCCCUGGUUGGACGGGGCAGACCCAAACGUAGUGUCAUAUCUGUGGGUCCCACUCGCUUUGGUCAGGGGCUCCACGUCCCACUGCCCCCACUGCCCAUGUGGGCGGAGGGGAGGGAGCACCUGCCUCAGCUACUGGGCCUGAGGCUCUGCAGAGGGCGGAGCAGACAGCCCCUCCCCUAUUUCCCACAGUAUUUCUUCUUGCAUUUCUUCUUUUGUGUUCCCUGUCCUCCUCAUGGGAAUCAGUUGCUGCUAUCAUCCCCUGGCUGGGCCAGGGGGCCCUCUCUCCUUCCACUCACUGCUGUCCCUCGAGUCUCUGUCCUUUCUCCUGAGAACCGCUUUCUCCCUCACCACCUACCUGCUCAGGCACCAGAGUUCCACAGAAGCUCAGUCUCCGACUUCCCCAGCCGGACAUACAGAAAUGAGUGUUUAGUGGUGUGAGAGAGGGGCUGCAGGCGGGGGACAGAGACUGAGGCCUUUGUUCCCGUUCUCCCCUUGCCAGCCUUCGUCUGCCGGUGGCCCCCUUGUGUCUAGUUCCCUGGGAUGCAGGCUGAGCAUGCCUCUCCUGUGGUAGAGAGGGCCGGACUCCAGUGCCCUCACCAGCGUCCCCACGGGUAGCUGGACUCCUCCCCCCUUCCUCCCUGCUUGCUGCCUGUGCCAGUUGUCCGUUUUGCUUCAGUGUUUGAUUCUUGGUGGCGUGUCUCCCCCCACCAAGACCUCUUGUCUCCUAGCCCCUUGACCUCUGACCCCCUCUCUAUACAGUGACUCCUCCUGGGAGGAAGCGGGAGCAGGAGCUGUCGGCCGUGGUUUGCACAGAGCGGAUAGGGCUCUGGGGAUAGGGGGGUAGCUGUUGUGCUGCUGGGGCUGCCCCGUGGGCCCUCCCUUCGGUCCCUGCACUAUGAUGUAUGAAAUGUAUGUACAGACAGAGAUGUUUAUACAGCCAAUAAAGAUGGAGUUUCCAUAUUUAUCAGCAUG